AUGACUGUUCUCACGUACCGCUUCUUGCGCUUGCCACCAUCAUGGCGAAGUCGACUGGAUUUCUUCUCAAAGAGUGUCGAAGCCCAAAGUCCUCCAAUGACCUUUUGCCUUAAUCAGCAUGUUUGGGACUACAUUUGCUUCCCUCCUGCAUUUGAUCGUGGUAUCUCUUCUAAUUGGUUACAUUACGAAGUGCAGUAUCGGUUUCCCAGUUCCCUGCCAUCUCUUUUGCUCGGGCCCCGAUCAGUUCAAUAUAUUCGAAGCAUAUGCGGUCUUUAA